AUGAAUGUGUCGGUAAACGUCCACGCAGUCCAUGUCCCCAUCAUAAUUUUCGCCGAAUACUCCAACUGGCGAAAACUCAUCAGAGUAGUUGCGUAUAUGCUCCGGUUCUCGAGGAACACUCAGACGAAGCUACAGUAUCGUACUCCUACGACCGGAAUCCUCAAUCAGGAAGAGUUAUUAGAUGCUGAACACUGUCGUUACAAGCAAGCACAGCUGGACGAAUACAGUAAGGAAAUUGCAUUGUUAUCGGGUUUCAAGAAUGUUUCCGGAGUCAAAGCUACGAUCUACAAGCUAUCGCCAUUUCUCGACGAAAAAGGAGUUCUGCGCAUGCUUGGAAGAUCUGCUGGUUGUAAAUUCAUCCAACCGUCCGCCGCCCAUACCAUUUUGCUGCCGAAGAAGCACCCAUUAACCACACUUGUCGUCCGUUUCUACCACGAGCGCUAUCAUCAUCUGAACCAUGAGACAGUCGUCAACGAAUUACGUCAGAAAUAUCGAAUCCCGAAGAUGCGAAGAGUCUGCUACAAGAUUCGACAAGACUGCCAGGCCUGA